AUGGCAGUAUUAAAUCCAAAUAAUUGGCACUGGGUUGAUAAGAAUUGUAUUGAUUGGGCUCGUCAAUAUUUCCAAAAUGAAUUAACCAAAUUAAAAAUUGGUGGCCAAGAUGAAGAAUAUUUCUGUGAAAUUUCUAAAGUGUCACAAGUAGAUGGUGAUUGUGAAGUCAACCAACGUAAGGGUAAAGUGAUUUCCUUAUUCGAUUUAAAGAUUGUCACUAUGAUUCGCGGCCAUGUUAGUGGUAAAUUACCAUUUGAAGGCAGUAUUACUAUUCCCGAAGUGGCAUUUGAUAGUGAAGUGGAAGACUAUCAAUUCAUGUUAAGUAUUUAUAAAGAAAAUAAAGAAUUGAGUGAGGUCAAGCCUUUAAUUAGAGAGAAGUUGAUUCCUCAAUUAAGACAAGCUUUCCAAAGAUUUGGUAAAGAUUUAUUGACAGAACAUGGAAAUGAUAUUCAAAUUCCGGAACAAGAAGUUCAAUCUCAAUACACAAAGGGUAAUCAACACGAAAGUUUUGCCAAUGCCAAUGCCAGUGCCAAGAGGGAAAGCAGGGCACGUGAUGUGAAAUCCGAUCACACCACUUGCAGAACUACAAACAGCACCACCACGACUACAAACGUUGGUAAUAGAACCACUUUACAUGUGGAACCAAGAUUCAAUGCAUCUGGUGAUGAUCUAUUCCUAGCAUUAACUGAAAAACCACGUAUAAUGGCUUGGAGUAGAGGUUCUGCAGAUUUUUCCAAAUGCUCUAGUGGGGGAAUCAUUGUUGAAGGUGACCAAUUUGGAUUAUUUGGUGGUAACGUUUUGUGCCAAGUGAAAAAAUUGGAUUCCACAAAACGUAUACUUGAAAUGGAAUGGAAAUUAAGUGAUUGGAAUUUUGAUGGAAGUAUGUUAUCGGUGGAAUUACACGAAUCUCCUGAACAUCAUGAGACUACAUUACAAGCCAAUUGGAAAGGCGUUCCCGUGGGUCAAGAAGAACGUGUAUUGGAUAAUUUCGAGAAUUAUUAUGUUCGUGCAUUAAAGAUAACUUUUGGUUUUGGGGCAGUGUUAUAG